AGCAUCCACGAGCGAAGAAAAACUUUGAAUGAAAGUCGGAAAACUUGGAUUUUACUAAAUUUGUUUAGAGGACUAUUUAUGUGUAGAUAGUGCAACGCAACAAGACAAGAUAUUAUCAGUAUGAAAUAAGAUACGUAAAUUGCUAAGAUUUAAUUAGGAAUUAUUGAAGAAACUUAUUACGAACAUUUUGAUUUGUGAAUGGGGAACAAUAAGGGACCUAUUAUCCAGCCGCAUUGCAGAAAAUUGUUGUCCAUAGGUUUGGAUAUAGUUUUUCCACUAUUACUAUCGAAUGUUGUUCAUUGGAACAUGCAACUGUUCAUCCUUUUUAAUACCGUCGCGAAUAAUGUUGACCCAAGUGACGAUGCCAGUGAGGCCAAAGUCCUACGCCAACCUGGCCUCUUAUGACAUUUCUCACUCCAAUCCAUGCGUACUCCACCACAACAACCCCGCUUGGAGGCGUCGAUAUGUAAAAUCCCACAGUCCUUUAUUGUCGAAAUUGUGUCCAAGGACAGGGGGUUACUGGGGGUCGCAACAAUAUUAUGACAAGCUAAUGUCGCCUUCAACCGGCUUACAGAUUUUGCAGACAGCACGCUUCAUGUCCUUCCCUGGCGCAGAGGCAAGGCAUAAGGAAUACGUAGAGAGAAGAAUUUUAGGAUUCUCAAUGGAACAGAUGUAUGAUGUGGUAUCUGAUGUGGAACGUUAUCAAGAAUUUCUUCCCUGGUGUCAAAAAUCUCUAGUCAAAACCAGAAGAAAAACUUAUGUCAUUGCUGACCUUGUUGUAGGAUUUCCUCCGUUGUUGGAAUCUUAUACUUCUAGCGUCACCCUGGUCAAACCGAACUUGAUAAGGGCCGAAUCCACACAAGGAAAAUUAUUUAACAAGCUCAUAACAACCUGGAAAUUUAGCCCCGGUUUAAAAGGGAAACCACAAUCGUGCGUCAUUGAUUUUUAUGUGUCAUUUGAAUUUAAAUCUGCACUCACGUCUCAACUAGCUAAUGUGUUCUUCAACGAAGUAGUUAUAGUUAUGGUGCGAGCGUUUUAUAAUGAAGCAAAGCGAAGAUAUGGCGCAGAAUCUGUUCCUAGUCGAAAAAUUAACAUUUUAGCGCCAGGCAGUAGUAACAAUGACAAGUCCUGAUUAUUGUAGAAAUUAUUAUCAUGUGUAGCAAUUUUGAAAAUAAAAUCCUUACUUUUAUUAAAGUUCAUUUGGUCCUGUGUCAUAUUAAUACUAUCGUAAUUAAAGUCACAAUAGAGUAAUAAUUGUAACCUUAUGUGAUAAAAUAAAAUAUACACAAGUGUAAUAUGGUGCAUAGAAAGUUGGUUGUUUUGAAAACCUUGUUUCGAUUUUAGAGACAAAGUAAUAAUAAAUUAUGGAUGGUGUAAUAAUCAAUUUUAAUUUCUAUUACGUUCAAUAAUAAAACCGAUGCCUUAGUAUAUUUGACUUCCA